AUGAGGUUAGUGUCAUUUUGUGUUUGGAACUUACUUCUUUUGAUUGUGAUUGGUACAACUGUUGAGAACGAAGACAAAAAAUCAAACUUAGAGUCAACACAAGGGGGUUUUGAAACAACUUCUGCAUUUUCUUCUCUUGUCAAUGGCAAUUCUAAAUGGUCAAAUCAUAGUAUCACCGUUGCUGGUAGUCGAGACUCUGGAGACAAAUUAAAUCAACUUCUGCAUCCAAUCGGAUUGUAUGUUGAUGAUGAUGACACUCUGUAUAUUGCUGACACUGGCAAUAAUCGUGUCAUGGAGUGGAAGUCAGGUGCAACCGUUGGACGAAUAGUCGCCGGUGGAAAUGGUUUUGGUUCGAAGACGAACCAAUUAUUUGAUCCUACGGAUGUUAUCGUUGAUCAUGAGAGCGAUAGUGUCAUUAUUUGUGACCGAAGAAAUACGCGAAUUGUUCAAUGGCGUCUACGAGGUGGGACAACUGGACAAAUAAUUAUUUCAAACAUAUCUUGCUUUGGAUUAGCAAAGGAUAAUGCUGGUUUUCUUUAUGUUACUGAUACAAUGAAUGAUACUGUCAGACGAUGGAAGAUGGGAGACUACACUCGAGAGGGAAUAGUAGUGGCAGGUGGAGAUGAAAUAGGUGGUAAUCUCAAUCAAUUGGACGGUCCUAAAUUUUUAUUUGUUGACUCAGAUCAAACAGUAUAUGUAACUGACUGGAGUGACAACCAUCGAGUAACGAAGUGGACCAAAGGCUCAAAACAGAGUCUUAUUGUUGUUGGUGGGGACAAUUAUAUUGAAGGUAACAUACAACUAUCGGAUCCUCGAGGUAUUGUUGUCGAUCGAUAUGGUACAGUCUAUGUAGUAGAAAACAUGUACAGCCUAGUAACGGAAUGGCCGAAAGGAGCCACUGAUGGAAAAAUUAUUUUAGAUCGACCAGCUUAUCUGGAAGAAAAUUGGUUUAACGGUCCAGAAGAUUUAUCGUUCGAUCGAAACGGUAAUCUCUAUGUUGUCGAUUCGCAUAAUAGUCGAGUGCGAAAAUUUCUCUUAAAAUAG